UUGACAAACCGACGACAAGCCGAAAUAAGGGCACAACGCAACACUGAGGAUCAUCGAAGAGUCAAGGCAAUCCUGGAAUUUUCGCGCUCAGAGCGACCAUUUCCUUUGGCCGAUGAAGCAAUUGCUACCAGGUGCUAUGCUCUCUGGAAAGAUCAAAAGAGACUACAUCGAUUUUGUGUAGGGUUCACUGACAUUCAUGCAGCUAAAAUUAGGGAAGAACGAGAUCGGUUGACGGGACUUGGUCAGAUGGUUGCAGAAGCCCGUUCGGAACUCAUCCGCGAAAUCAGUGAUGAGGUCGAGAAUGCAAUCAUGAUGGCUGUUAACGAGGACAAGAGGUUCGACGAAUGUCUCAAGAGGCAAGCUGAAAUCGAUCGUGGUGACAGAUCCAUGACCGAUAAAGACAGGGAAUUCGCUAUGAGCGAAACUGCAACGGCCUUGAGGUUCAACCGCGCAUUAAACUUGAUCCAGAAAGAAGCGGAUCGAGACUACGAAUUUACAUUUGGCAUUUUUGCUCUCUCGUACGAAAGAGUGCGGGGUCGAAACGUUACUGAAGAUAGACUCCGUCGCGAUAUCAGCGAGUAUAUUGCGCUCUUGCGGAAAAGGGGCGCAUCAGACAUAAUCGAGGAAGACUUCCGCGUUGAAGUGAUGCGACAGCACGCUUUGGAUGAAGAAACCUUUGACUUUGACCCCACAGCUCGGUACUUCUCAACGGACACCAGUGAAAUGGUCACACCAAACACAUUGGUGACUCGCAUCCCUUUCCGUCAAUGGGUGGUCCAAUUUGAAACUCAAAUGGGAGGACCCUUGAGACCAAGUUUCGACCGAUGGUGGCAACUGUUGGAUGCCUACAGAGCCUACUUGGCACAGAUAGCUCCAGCUCAACUCAUUAUCUUCAACGCCGCACGCAUGUCCAUCGCAACACGCAUGUUUUGGGCUCUCGCAGGAGUUCCCGAAUCAUUUCAUGGACACACAUCAGAGGCGCUCCCAGGCCGGAUUGAACUCCCGAAUGAAGCCGAUGCACCAGGCAAUGUCUUCACAUCAAUGAGACAAAGACUCGCAGGACUCAUGACAGGACUCGACCGUUUGCUUGAGAGGGCAGACACAUUGGUUCGUGAAUCCCAUUCUCAAGCCAUGUGUGCAUCCAUGCUCAUCGGUCAAUGCACCAGGUUGUUGACGGUCCGGAUAGAGUGUAAUGUCUAUCCCUCGGAAUAUGACGUGGAGUUGAUUCAAAUCAGAUCGGACAAUGCAUUGGAGCUCAUCACCUAUUUGGAAAACGAACGAGAUGCCCGAAUCAGGAGAGAAGCCGAGCAGAGACACGAAGAAGAACAAGAAGCUGAACGACAGCCUCUUCUCGUUGACACCACACCAAUGGAGAUUGAUGCCAUGGAACAAGAGGCCGAAAACAUUACCGAUUCUCGCCGCCUCAUUGGUCCCUCACCACCAUCACCAGAAGAACAAGAAUCAUCGGGCGACGAGACACUAUGGUCAGGAGAAGAUUGGGACAGAUGGGUUGAAGAGUGGGCUGAGCAAGACAUGGACGAUCAGUGGUGGCCUUGA